ACAACGUUGUUGCGAAUGUGGAGAGAGAGAGAGCCUGGCUGCGGGGAGGGGAGGAGGAGGGGAUCAAUGGUUGCCUGCCUGCCUGGAUGGACAUGGAAUGCGUGCCCGCAGCCUUCCUCCGUCUGUUAGGGCUGUAAGCGAGAUAGAGAACGAGAGAGAGAGUGAGGAAGUGUUGCUCCACUGCGAAGCCAACGCAAAGCCAGACAGCCAAGCUCGACCGUCGCUGCGCCAGGCAGACAGCUGGGUGGGUGUCUGUCUGUCCCCUCUGCAGAUUGGAGCACCGCCUCAUUCGCUCUCAUCAUUCAGCAUUACGCUGUGAGAGAGCGAGAGCGAGAGAAGGAGAGAGAGGAGCGCGACGAUCCCCCCCCCCCCACUCUUGCUUCCCACCCACCUGGCCUUCCCUUCCAAUCGUUAAACCUGCUGACCCUUCAUCAAGAUCUACUCCAUCGAAUUCGGUUUGUUAUCGAAGCAAAGUCAUCGUCAUCAUCAUCAGCAGCAGCACCAGCAGCAGCGGCCCUAUCUGUGCAUAUUCGUAAGAGAAGAAAUGGAUGAUCAAUCGCUAUUCGGUGUUGCUUUGCGUUCAGUGCAGGGUUGGGAGUUUUCCGUCCUGUUGCUUGGUUUCUAAUUUGGGUCGCUGAUUGUUCCAAUUGUUGUGACACUUUUGUGCGAUGUGAUGAAUGUGAACGUGGUAAUUCGGAGCUCGCCAUCCCCUUCUCUCAUUCUGGUGCUAUUUUAGAGGAGAGUUCGAACGCGAUGGAGGUUUCUUGUGGGUGUGACUGUGCAGUACUCUCUUGAAUUUUAUAUGUGGAGCUUACCCUCCAGCUCAAUUGGUUGUACCGUGUGACUUCAUGGGCGUCGGUGGUGCGAAUUCAUGCAUGUGUCAUCACCGCCCUCUAAGUGUGUAUCCAGCUCUAGGUUCUUGCGGACGGUAGUUUGUGUCCGUUUUAGGCUAGUGGGAUUCAUGGAAGGACGGUGGUCAGAUUGGAUUGCGGUAUUAGUCCGGUUCGUGGUUGUGAUUCCUCUGUGUGGGUCGCAUGCGUGCCUUUUAGGUUUAUUUCGAUCAAUUGACUGGUGUCCUCUUUGUCAGCUGCCUGUGAUCUUGAGCGUUCGGACGAGCAUUCACGAUGCAUGCCAGUGAAGGUGCGCAAACAUCAACAUCAAAUAGUUACGACAAUCAUCAAGAUACGUUAGACUUGAGGACAGCAGAGUGGAUUGCAUCGCAAUACAAACUUCCAAUUAACGUUCCGUAACUGAGGAUGGCGGGAGACCUGCGGUUUGCAAUGUAAUUUACGUCUGCUACCCAAUAUUGGGGACGGCGAGGGCCGUCAGGAGUUGCAAGAUGACAUCAAGUUUGCGUUCAUAGCCGAUGCUCGGAAGGUGUCAAUGUUAAACCUCUUCAUUAGUGUAUUCACAUGACAUAAAUUUCGACUGAAUUCACAGAUCAAUCUGGCGAGGUGCCGCUGAAGUUAACCCUGGUUUGAGAACGGGAGUGCAAGGAUGUACACGUAAGCAUUAGAUUUGUCGCCAAGUUGUACUUGGAACAUGAUCAUGGCUUCUACCUCAGUUUGCGACCCUUUCGAGGGCUCUUCGCAGGAGAAUUGUUACCCAUAUGUUCACAUUGCGCCUUAAGGAUCCUAUACUACGAACACUAAUCAUGAGCACAUAUUUAAGCAUCGUUGAGAGAUAAUUGUGAAUAUACAAUGAGAUGUCGUGACGCUGGAGCAGAAGCUGACUACAGGAUGGAGGAGGUCGAGGCAACGCCCAUGGAGGAGGACGAGAUACUGGGAGUUCGACAUUCGUUUGAAUGUGAUGUGGGAAUUUGUGGUGGUUGGCAGAAUGUGAACCACAUUCACAGCCAGGAAUGCAGGGCCAGUACUAGCGAAUUGGACAGAGUUGAUAGUCCUUCAGAAGUUUCCAGCCGCACAGCCGAAUGUUUUGAAGGCACCGAUGGUUGUGUUGCAGAAGCUAGUGGGAGGGAUACUCCUGCGAAGCUUCAUUGCUCCCGAACCGUUGCUGGAGAGGACGAUGGUAUGUCAUUAAAGAAAGACCAUAUUGAGUUGGGAAGAUCUUUUCAGCUGGCAGUAAGUGUGCAUGACUGGGCUCUAGCUGAGAGUCUUGUACCCCUAGCAGAUCCUCAAAGGCUCAACGAUGGAUUGUGUAUUGCCUUGGAUUCCAUUUGGUUCUUAAGCACAUCACAGGAAUUGGCGGGUGCAACAUGUUUAAUUGAGAGGUUGAUCCUCGCUGGAGCCCAUGACUUCUCACGAGCGGCGCUUCGUACUUCCUUUUUGGCUUCAUGCGUAUCAGCAUGCCGAUCUCGGACAAUGAGCCUAGCAGACACUGUUACUGUGAUGGCACAAAGGUUACGGGAAAGACUACAGGAAUGCAACGGCGACGAAAUUUUGAAGGCUGAAGCUGCGGCCAAAGUUCAGAGAUUCACUGAAUGGGCUCUGAAGUGUAUUGGAUCACAUUCACGUGGGAAAGGAGCACACCCUGGGUCACCUAGUGACAUAUGCAUGGCAAUUAUACAUAGCUCGGCGGUAGAGUCACGUCUUCAGCUUAUGGCGUUCAAGAGGUUUUUGGAAUUAGCAGCCUCUCGGCUGACGAAAAAAGACUAUACGGAAGCCUUUGAUGCAGCAUGUUUUCCUCUCACUCUGUUCUCCAGCGCCAUUGACCCUGGGUGGGCAACUGGCAUAGCUGCCAGUGCUAUGCAAGGGCUGCUUGGGCUUCUGGUAGAAGGAGGUGCAGACAAUGUGAACCAAUGCUUUUUGGAAGCCGCUAGGUUUGGGAGUACUGAGCUUGUACGAAUAUUGCUCCAGAUCGCACAAAGAAAUGGAGUGGAGUUAGAUGUGGACUUGGCGCUGGGGUUCGCCUCUCAUUAUAGUAAAAUUGGUACUAUGGAAUGCCUGGUUGAAGAUGGCAAAGCAGAUUCUUUUCUGGGACCUCUUAUGAGAGCUGCUGAACGGGGUUGUAUUGAGGUUGUCCAUUGGUUCGUAGAGAAGGGUUGUAAAGACAUGGAACUAUGUUUGGCACUGACUGCUGCAGCCUCCAGUAGCCGCGUGGAAGUUGCCGCUUUUCUCUUGAGCCACGUUCCCCAUCAUGUCUUGCAGACUCUUAGCGCCGAGAUUCUUAAGGCAGCAGGUGAACGCUCGGGUGGAUCCCUGAAGGGCAUAGCUUUUUUGUUGCAAGCGGAUUUCUUGAACAACCCGGAGGCAACAUACACGAUUGCUGACAGCAUUGCAAAGUCGGAGGACGAGGCUAUCACCACGGAGCUACGGGCGUUUUUACUGGACGAAUGGUCGGAGGAAGCAUUCUUCAAGGGCCGUCUACUUGGUGAAGCCCACCAUCUGAAUGUCAUGCGUGCCCUGAAGCGGGGUUCCUCGCCUCUUCACCUGCAGGAGCUUCCUUUGCAACUGCAAGUUACUGUGGCUUAUCUUCCUCUUUACAAAGAGUGUGUUGCUGCAAGUGGAGUGAUUCUCUCGCAGUUGCUAAGAGGUCAGCUUGUCGAAGCAGCUGUAAGGCUCAAUCAAGGUGGUCUAUUCUUCACAGAGGAAAUGCUCCUGAAGUUCAGCAAGCACGAGCUUCUCUCAGUUCUUGAGUCACGAUUGCCGGGCUUUUUACUGGCUUCCGAAGGUCAUACUUCUUUCAAGGCGUUUCAAAAUUUCCCUAAAUUAGUGAAAUUUUAUGUAUAGAAGGGGAAUGGUGAUGGUGGAGGUGCAGGUACUGGAAUAAUAUGGAGGUUUUCGUUAUAGACAUGGACUUAGGUGUUACAGGUGUUCGUGUUGGUUGAACAACAAUAUAUUACGUUGUGUGAAACCCUUUUUGAGUUAAUAUAUCAGUGUGUACCUGAAUAUAUAAGACA